UUAUAAACAGGAGACACUUUCCAUUCUCAAAUCUCGAGUCAUUUUCCAAGAACUCACCGCUCCUCCCGCGAGAAGAAAAAACAUCACCACCACCACCACCACAACAUCCACGGCGUUCUUGUCGUCGUUGCAGUGACAAGAAGAAGAUCUUGGUCAUCCAUGGCGUACAACCACGACCAAAUGCCGCAGGAACAGGUCCCCUUCCGCCACUACACGGACCAGGGGCACCACCAGGGCAGGGACGGCGUGCACAAGUUCUUCUCCGCCUCGAUCCUCCGCCCCCAGAACUUCCUCCGCCUCGACUCCGAGCCCAACGGCGCGCACAACGACGACGACGACGCCGCCGCCGCCGCCUUCGACGACGACGACGGAGGGGGAGGAGGGGGAGGAGGAGAGGAAGAGAUGGCCGAGGACGACGACGGCGGCGGCGGCGACUACGAGAGCGCGAGGCACAAAGCCGAGAUUUUGAGCCACCCGCUGUACGAGCAGCUGCUGAACGCGCACGUGUCGUGCCUCAAGAUCGCCACGCCUGUCGAUCAGUUGCCCAGGAUCGACGCGCAGUUGACGCAGUCGCAGAGGGUGGUGGCGAAGUAUUCCGUGCUGGGGAAUGGUGGGGUCGUGGACGGGAAGGAGCUCGAUCAGUUCAUGACACAUUAUGUUCUACUGCUCUGUUCCUUUAAAGAGCAAUUACAACAACAUGUUCGUGUUCAUGCUAUGGAAGCAGUGAUGGCUUGUUGGGAGCUGGAGCAAGCACUUCAGAGCUUAACAGGAGUAUCUCCUGGUGAAGGGACAGGGGCUACAAUGUCUGAUGAUGAUGAGGAUCAAGAUGAUAGCGAUACCAAAUUGUUCGAUGGAAGCUUUGAUGGGCACGACAGUAUGGGAUUCGGGCCUCUAGUUCCGACUGAAAGCGAGAGAUCCUUAAUGGAACGGGUGAGGCAAGAGCUGAAGCAUGAACUCAAGCAGGACUAUAAGGAAAAGAUUGUGGAUAUCCGAGAGGAGAUUCUGCGCAAGAGGAGAGCCGGAAAGCUGCCAGGUGACACCACCUCUCUGUUAAAAGCAUGGUGGCAAUCACACUCCAAGUGGCCCUACCCAACAGAGGAAGACAAAGCAAGGCUAGUACAAGAGACGGGCUUGCAAUUGAAACAGAUUAAUAAUUGGUUUAUAAACCAACGGAAAAGAAAUUGGCACAGUAACCCAUCGUCUUCCACAGUUCCCAAGAGCAAGCGCAAGAGAAGCCAUGCAGGUGAUCCGGAUAAAGAGAGACCUAUGUAAUGCAGCGUCAAAAACCACUUUCCAUCUAUUGGUUUGCAACAGCCGCCACAUGUGAGUCCUUUCGACAGGAAAGGUCUCGGCCAAUAGUUACAUGGGCAGCGAGAAGACAGCACUUUAAAGAUGGUAUAGAAGAGCUAAUGGUGGAUCAACUAUGCACUUCAAUAUACUUAAAAACCAUGCUUAUGAAGAAAAAAGUCGAAAACCCCCCUCGGCUUAUUGCCCAGCUCUUUCAAAAGGAGAAUGUGUAUUGCUGUGAUACUGUGUUUAACUUGCCAGAAACGUGUUGGCACGAUUGCUAUUAAUUUAUCUCGCAACAACAUUAGUGCUUAUCUGAUGCUAAUCUAAUGAUCGUGUCUCUUCAUAGUGGAGUUUUUAUUCAUAA